AUGACGGUUAGCAGGCAGCCGUCGACGACAUCGCUGGGCAGAUACGUACGCACCAUGUCGCCAAUGCCACAAGGUGAACGGACGUCCGACUUCUGUAACACUUUCUGGGGCGUAGACGACAUCGGUGUCGGUGUGCUGUUUACGAGGAUGCGAGGCGCCAUGAGAACAAUGGAGGAACUGAGAAACUUUUGGAAAGAACGCGCCGCUAUCGAGGAUGACUACGCGAAACGACUGGCCAAGCUGGCGAAGUAUCCACUAGGCAAAGAUGAAAUAGGCGAUAUCCGGAACUGCCUGGAAAUUGUCGUACUCGAAACCCAAAACCAGUCAAAAUUCCAUAAUAGGCUUUCCUAUACUAUUUCAAAAGAGCUAGAGGCGAAGGCUGCACAAUUCCAUACGGACCAAGGCACACAUAAGAAGAACUGGCAGGCUCCGAUAGAGAAGGCAUUCAAGGCCAAGCAGGCGCAGGAAGGCUAUGUCAACAAGGCUCGCGAAAAGUACGAGCAGGACUGCAUUCGAAUCAACUCUUUCACUGCCCAAAGCACUCUCGUUCAGGGUAAGGAGCUUGAGAAGAUCACACUUAAGUUAGAACGGGCCAAGCAGACGGUGCAAGCCAAUAAUCGCGACUACGUAAACUUCUCAAAGGCUUAUGCUGAUACGGCCGCCAAGUGGGAGCAGGAUUGGAAAACCUUCUGCGAUUCCUGUCAGGACAUGGAAGAGGAGAGGCUCGAGUUUAUCAAAGACAGUCUUUGGGGAUUUGCCAAUGUCGUUUCCGCUGUGUGCGUAUUCGACGAUAAUUCAUGUGAAAAACUACGGGUAGCCCUGGAGGAGGCCGAGGUGGAGCGGGAUAUGGAGAACUUCGUUCGGGAUUACGGCACUGGCAGUCAAAUACCAGACACCCCCGCGAUCAUCGAUUACAAUCGUCCUAAUACCAUUCCCUCUUCUUCAUCCGAUCCUACCUUCCACGUUGCAGACUUCGUUCGUGUGGCGCGACCGCACAAGAAACGCAAAGUCAGCGAUAAACUUUCCGAAGACGAUCCCCCAAAGUCGAAGCGCGAUGAUUUACAGAGACAGCCCAGUAGGCACAGUGUGACGUCUUCGGUCACUCCACCACCACCACCACCACCAGUCGUUGAAGAAGAACCAAAGGUCAAUAUAGCUGGGUUGGGUGCUGGAGGUAGCAGGCAGGCAAACGAAAACGUGCCGUCUAUCAACGGCACUUCAUCACCAGUGAAAGCUGACGUGGAUAGGAAAUCCACCGCUGUGUCACGGAAACCUCCUCAAGAUCCUAUGGCGGAAUCAAUCGUUCCCAAUGCGCAGACAUUCAUGAAAGUUGGUAAUAAUGCUUACCCUGUGGACGUAUCUCGGGACCCUCAGGAGCAAAGCGGGUCGUCCACAUCCAUCGUGAACAAUCAUAGUCCAUCAAAAGACGUUGAUACUGAGGAUCCAUUGGCUAAAACUCUUGCCGAGCUUAACAAUGUUGUGUCUACACAAGGAGGCACGAGGAGAAACAGCAUGUGGAAGCCACCGCAAAAUGUACAACAUCCCCAACCCCGCGCUGCCGACCCUCCUCUCCAGAGUUCAGGUACUUCACAGGCCUUUGGUGGGCCUUCACGACAAGCAACUCUUGCUUCCCCGGCAUCCAGACCUGGAAGUUCUGCUUCACCGGCCCCUCGUGAUUAUCGCAACUCUGCGGAGAUGGUCGUAGGCGCCCAUCCCACCGCGUCGCGACCUGUGUCACCCAGUCCAGGUCCUUCUAACCCGCCAACAGCCGCAUUCAUGAAACCCAGAAACUCUCUUGAUCCUUCAGAUUCGGAAGUUAUCAAAGGCGUGCUCACGGAUUAUCAUCAGUCUCUUCCUGGUGAACGAAAGUCUAUUAGUCGUCGUGGGAGCUAUAGCGCGCCCUCUCCGUCACCUUCGACCGAACGUCAGCAGCAAUUCCAGAAUCUCGGGAGACCACCCAGCCAAAUGGGCCAUACUGGCGUUGGAGCACAUGGAUCCCGAAGCAACAGUCCUCAACCUCUGUCUCGAGGGCCCAGUCCAGCACCUGGAUAUAUCCCUGCGCCACCAGCACCCUCGAUCCAGCGUUCGGCGAGUCCCAACAAGGUCGGUAUCGCCCUAGAUCCUUCUGGACGCGUGCUUCACGACGAUAUGGCUCCAAGAUACCAACACCAACACCAGCAUCAGCAGCACCAGCAGCACCAGCACCAGCAGCAACGGCCCACGGUUCCUCAACAACCCCCACCCCCGCCGCUUCAGCAGCAGCAGCCUUCUUAUGCUCAACCCGUGCAGAGACGAAGCAGUUACAUGAAUAUGGGACCUGUCAUUCCUCCACCACCACCUCCGGUGCAGCCAACGUAUACCCCUGGACCUCCUUCUGGAUAUACUGCACCUCCCCCGGCCCCGGUUCCAGUCACAACAUCUUAUCACCAAAUGCAGUACUCUGCGCCGCCUCCUGCGCAGUACCAAGCUCCCAUGCAGCAGCAAGUAUUCCAGCCUCAGCCUCAAGUGUAUGGUAACGCGGGGAAAAAUGGCAUGCAACGUGCUACAUCUGCUGCUAGUGGUUAUUAUACGAAUGGGACGCCUGCCCCUGGACGGCAGAUGCAUGUGCAAGGUGGAUCUGGAUAUCAACAACCUGCUCCUAUGUAUGGACGGUCGCCUUCUCCUCAGCCCCCGCCACCUCCUGCGCCUCCACAAGAAGAGAAUCCUAUUUUGUUCUAUGUGAAAGCUCUGUAUGACUAUACUGCUACGAUCGACGAGGAAUUUGAUUUCCAAGCUGGGGAUGUCAUUGCUGUGACAGCUACACCGGAAGAUGGUUGGUGGAGCGGCCAUCUACUGGAUGAUGCUCGAUCGCAACCGGGCAGACAUAUCUUCCCGAGUAAUUUUGUGUGUUUGUUCUAA